AUGACCGACACAUACGAACCAGAUGACGACCGGCUCACUCCAGGGCUAGAGGUUCAGAAACCCAAUUAUAAGCCCGACGAGCAGCUGCCCCCGUUUCUAACCCAAGAUUCGCUCUCUAAAUCAGAUGUUACUGCUAAAUACUCUGGAGAUGAGGGAACGUCUUCGGACUUUCCCCGUAAGCUGUCGCCGACAUCCAAGCCCGAAACAGCUGAGGGCGACUCGGUACUGAUCUCUCAUCUAGAUCCGAAUCGCCCGGAUAUUGCCAACUACGAGUUAGAACAUCGGCGCCUUCGGGAUCCCUGGUUAGAGGAUCAAUCAAGUCUGCAAAAGACGAAAAUUGACCCUCAACCAAGGGAAGAUGCGAAAUUUCAGGAACCGGCUUCGUCAGUGGCGGAGAGAGCUCUCCAACUCUUGUCGUCCGAACCACCCGAGAAUUUGGUAUCACCUCAGACUCUCAAGAGCGCAUCGCCGCUCCAAUCGAUCAAGGACUUGUUGGAACCGCCUGUGUCACAGGCCGAACCAAUCAGCAUCAAAGUCGACGUAACAUCUCCAAAAGAGUCUCAUCCGCCCGGUGCCCCAAAUUUCACCGCCGAACGCAAGUCUCCCGUUCUUUCACCCCUAAAAAAGUUUGCAAUAUCACCUUCGGAUGGACCAGUCCAAGCCUUGCUUCCGGCACUCCAGACGUCUCCUCCAUUAGCAACUGCCAAAUCGCCAGAGAACCACCAACAGCAUAGCCUGCCGUCGAUACAGACUGCUUUGGCUGAGAUCUCGGGGCCUUAUUCUCUUCCUCCAGUCUCGACAUCCCCUCCUUCAAUACCGAGGAAUGAAUCAGCGUGGGAUCAUCAACGCCCCGGACAGUUUGCUCCGCCACAGGUUCCCCCUAGUCCUUACUCACAUCUUUCCCCUGCGAGCUCCAAGGGGAUGUCCGCCGUGUCCUCUCCAGCAUCACAGCAACAAUCGCAGUGGAGGCAUACACGAUCCGACAUCACUUAUCUCACAACGCCACAUUAUGAACCUUCGCCAUCGGCGGCCAAAAGUCCGGCAACCAACUAUCCCACUCCCACUGAUCAGACGCCGACGGGCGAACGGGCGCCUUUCAAUCCAGGCCCGCCGCCCACCGCACCGGUUCCCCCAGGCACGUUUAAAUGCCGGCAUCCAGGGUGUACUGCGCCACCUUUUCAGACCCAGUAUUUGCUUAAGUAA